CCCCGAUGCCAUGGCAACCACUUGUGAAAGGGGAAGCCCCUUGGUGAAUUCCCUUACAAAAUAUCUACUGCCACUCUUUUAUUAUACGAGACAUACACUUGAUGAUGUUAGUUUGGGAGGAAAUCAGCAUGAUAUUCUACACCAGGGCACUGUGUCUUGCAGUCUUGGUCGCACUCUUCCGAAAUGUCUGCAGUGCGACUGGGACAAUUCCGCCUAACACCACCCAACCCUAUCGGUUUCCAUGUGGCAUGGACCGGUGCCUCAUCAAUGUCCGGUACUGUGACAAAGGACGGAGUACUGACCCAGGGCAGUGGACCUGCAGUCCAUGCACCGAGAUUGAGCAGUGGUGUGAGAAGGACAUAGCCCGGGUGCCAAGAGACUGUCUGGGUUACUGUGAAGCCAAAAGAUGCAGUGCAUCCAUGAAGGCCCUUGAGUCUAGAUACAGAGAGGAGAACCAAAAUAGUCGUCGCAAUUCUGAUAUACCCCUGGACGAGACCAAGGCACUGAGUGGUCUGGAGAGGUUUAUGGCCGAAAAUAGCAUCGUCGUGGUGUGUGUACUCAUACUUCUAGCUGUCAUCGUCGUCGGUUUGUUUGCUCACACCUUGCGACAGUGUAGACGUAAGAAUAUGAGGGGUAGUGCUGAUGACGACACGGAGGUGGGAGUUCGCCUUAUGGGAUCAAAGCCAGAUAGCCACGAUCCACAUCCAACUGUCACCAAGAAGUUCAGCACCACAGGCACCCAGACUGACUCUACAGGAUUCCUAGGAAGUGCCAGUACCGACACAAACCAGGUUGAGUUUGUUCAACCAAACACUAAAGGAGCACAUGGAAUAAGGGUGCUCCCUUCCGCCACUGUUCCUGUUGACAACAAUGGCAAAGACUGCACUGAGGAUACCACAUUCCUAAAUUUGGAUCGUCAACAAAAUUCGGCAUUUGUUAGUAAUUUAGCAUAACUUAAUACUUAUAUUUUCAUGACUGGCAGGUACCAAGUGAUAUUCUGUGGAAAAGGAGGGUUGGGUGUCUGGCUGGAGUAAUUUUGAAAGUAAAUAAUUCUAUGUUCCCAAUACCAUGAUAAAAUAAUUAGCCUCACAAAAAAAGACUGAUUUUAAGGAGAUUGCUUUUGAUACAAGUGAAUGCUUUGCCUUUGGUGGUAUGUCUUUGAUAAUAAAAUCAUUCAAAAUCA